AUGGAAGGAGCGGAAAAGAAUGCAGACAAAUUGGCUAAGCGCAUAUUACCACAACGUCCGCACCACCUUACUUUGUCCCUGACGGACAAGUACCCCGAGCCUGCUGGCUUCUGGUAUACCGGGAAGAGUCACCGUCUCCAAUACACCACAUACCUCUCAGAUUGCGAUCGAGGCAUCCUCAUCACGCGGCCCUCGUAUGACAUUUGCGAGGAGCCCCCGAGCGCCCACAGCGCUAUGCCUCCAAAACCGGCUCCCUCUAACGGGGAGGCCAAGAAGAAACUUUCGUUGAAGGAUCCAGAGAGUGCGCCCGUGAAGGAGAACAUCAAGCCUGACGAUGCCAAGCCGAAGACGAAGCUCGUUAGGUCAGAGAGAGAAUCAGAAAAGCCCCGUAUUACGGCCCGCACUGCCGCAGACAGGGAGCGCGAUGUCAGCGCUUCUCCCAAGUCCACGAUACUAGUGAAUGGGUCGAGAUCUUAUAAGGAGAGUACCCCUGUCUCACCGCGGAGGAAGCGAGAUACGUCGUCCAAGGCACCUGUUCCUGCGUUACUGUCGCCUCUACACCCUUCCCUACUCGCAGGCGAGUCGGAUAAGCCAAAAUCGAAGAAGCCGGCAGAAAAGGCCCCACCGAGGUCUCUGAAGAUUGACAACUCGAAGAAGAAGUUUGAGAUCCCGGCGCUCCUGUCUCCUACUUUGCCUGCGAUUGUCGAGGAGGAGCUGGCGCGCAAGUUUCAAGUCACACCGUCCAAGGCUGAGUCUAGAGACAACAACAAGACCCAGCUACCAGAUUCACCUAGCAUUGCGAGGAAGACCAAGGUGAAGGCCGAGCCUAUCGAAGAGGAAGACGAAGAGGAAGAGGAACCAGAACCUUCCUUGAUCGUCACGUUGAAGCUCAAGAAAGCGAAUGCCAAGAGGGCAAAGGAUCUCCUUAGCCUGCCUUCCAAAGCUGUGAAGGACGCAAUGAGGAAGGAGCGCACAGCUGCAAGAGCAGAGGCUACCCCUCCCCCUGCUAGAAAACGGCCACGCGCCCCAGACGAUACACCCUCAGAAUCCGUUGCGGCAAAGCGACCAAGGCCAGCAAUUGGCGACACAGUCAUCGCCAGACCAACAGGCAUGUCCACACCACUCAAGCCCAGCGCACCGACCAUGUCCAGGGUGCCAUCAACUCAAUCUCAGAACGCAACACCCGGACCGGCCCCGACGAGACACCUCACUCCCGGUAUGGGCGAGCGCUCAUCUGUGCCACCACUCCCUCCCCCAUCGGCCGAGACUGCACAGUUCCGCGAACGAGACGUCGAGUAUCGCGCAUACGGAAGCAAACUAAAGCACCAGCGCGACGCAGUUGACGCACAGCUCCGCGACCCAGCCAAGCUCAAGGUCCUUUCAUCAGCCGCCGUCACUCUGGAGACCAAGCGCGCCAUGGUCCUCCAUAUCGAAAUGGUCAUGGCGUACAUGAUCGCCUUUUACAACGGCAACCACGCCCGGAUGAUGGACCGCCGGGCGCCCGAUUUCGCCACGUGGGAGUCUCUGGUGCCGCACUUCUCGGAACUGAAGAAGCGCGUUUACUCGGUCCGACCGUUCCGGAUCCUCACGACACAGCUCUUCGCCAUCAUGCUCGAGCAUAUCACCGCAACCUUCAGCCAGGCCGACCAGGCGACGGCCCCGGCACUGCUUGCGAGGUGGCAGAAGCUGGAGCGCUUGCGACCCGAGGUCUGGUAUGAGCUUCAUCAAGUGGCCGAUUUCGUGGAGGACAAGCCCGUCAAGAUGACGGUUGGGCCGUGGACCAAGAUCGAGGAGGCGGUGCUCAACGCCAUGGGCGUCAUGAAGAGAUGGGCGGAGAUCGAGGAGGUCAAGUGGACGCCUACGAUCAUGAAACCCGAGAUGGCGGCUGAGGCGAAGAAGGAGAAGGAGCUGGGGAAGGACUUGAAGAAGGAAAAGGACCAUCAUAGCAGCUUACCACCGAAGGAAAAGGAGAAGGAGCACCAGCCGCAGCGUGAUAGGGAGCGUGAGCGUGAGCGAGAGCGAGAGCGCGAACGGGAUCGGGACCGGGACCGGGAGAGAGAACGUGACCGCGACCGCGACCGAGAUCGGGAUAGGGGCAGGGACAGGGACAGGGAACCGCCACAUCAUCGAGAGCCGCAGCGUGAUCGCGAGAAGGAGCGCGACAGGGACGCUAGGGUGAGGGAUAUGAGCCGUGACCGCGUCCGCGACCGCGAACGGGAUCGACCACCACCACCACCAAGGGAGCGUGAUCCCAGAGACAUCAUCCGAGGCGGGGGAGUCGGCCAUCCAGUCAAAGACAUGAUCCGCGACCGCGACCGCGACAGGCUGUACAACGACGGAAGAUCAUCUGCCAGGGGCCGUGACAGAGAGAGGGAGAGGGAGAGGUCUAGGACGCGGGAUAGGGAUAUGGGUGGUGGUGGUGGUAUUGGUGGGCAUAUCAUCGGUGGUCGUGGCCUAUCGCCGCCGAUGCGCUCGGUGGAUCUAAGGUUACCGCUGCCGCCGCCUCCGCCGCAUCACCAUGGGUUACCGCCGCCGAGGACGAAUGGGUACAGGUAG